ACGACCAACUCCUCCCUGCAAGGGGGAGAAAAAAAAGCACAAAAAAUGACAAAACUUCUCCUCUCCCACCCCCAAUAUCAUCCCUUCCUCUUUCGAUUCGCGUUGUUUUCUUCGGACUGGAAAACAGCAGCAGGGCAUGUCGCCUCCGUUCGUCUCCACGUCAUUGAAACACCUCCAACCGCAUAGACGAGAUUAAACACCGGCGCAGAGGUAUUGUUAAUGCUGCGUUAUGCACAGCUGGAUAACUAGUUUUAGACUUUUUGACGUUCAAUCUGCGGUGUUAAAGGACUAGCGUAGACCUGGUUUCUAAAAGUUUACAAAGAAAAAAAUCAAAACCCAGAAUAAUGGCGGAACGCGAGUCUGCAGCUGCAGAAAGAGGCAGUGGGGAGACUGACGGGAAUAAGGAGGCAGAUUGCAACCAAAUGGUGAGCAGCAGCAAACCUCUGCACCGAUUUGUGAAAGGAGAGCCACGAUGUGUUGGGAUAGUCAUCCUGUUCUUUGGCUGUGCAGAGGUCCUGAUGGGAUUUGUGCUGGCCAGGGUCGAAUAUGAAACCUCCAACUACAUCUACGUUCCCUUCUGGCAGGGGGCUCUGUUUCUCAUCUCUGGAAACCUCUCCAUCUACACAGAGAUUCAUCCUUCCAAGAAAAUGGUAACAGUGUGUUUGGCCAUGUAUAUAGUUGCCCUCCUGGGACUACCAGUCUCCAUUGGCUGCAGAAUACGUUAUCUAAGCCUCUUUGACAAUGAAAGGCGAUACCCCGAGUCCUAUAUCGAACCGGAAUGGGCCUUCAUACAAUUUGGACAGCUUAUUUGUAUUGAAGCCACACUGCUCAUUUUCUCCCUGUGUGUGUCAGUUCUUCUCAUCUUCUUGACUACCGUGGCACGUUUAGCUCUGAAAUCAACAAAAACACAGGUUGUCAUCCAGCAUGUCCUGUCAGCUGUGACAGACACAGCGUCAAAUUAAAAUCAACUUAUUGUCCUACAAUAUCUAGCAUUAACCCUGUUAUGUACUAUUUGCCUGUAUAACUAUCAUGUAAGUUUCUACAAGAGAAAUAAACCUGUUGCAUGAUAUUGGCUAUAUCACAAGCGUUUUAUGCCCCCAAGUGACAGGAUUGCUUAUUUGCAGCCUACUGUACUUUAAAAUAUGUCUUGUAGGCCAGUUCAAGUACAGUUGUAUGACUCUGCAUGCAUUCUUCUUACUAAAUCAUUUCAUUGAGUAUUUGCAUGUGCUUGGUAAAAAUUAUCAUGGCUUCCAUAAUGCCAAAUAAAUAUUUUUUGCUGCACCCAUUGAGCUCACAAUUUUGCUGCAGUUUCACAAUUGAAAAUGGGCAAUUCAAAAAUGUGCUGGCUUUUACCUGUUUUGAGAUCCUUUUUUAAGUCCCAGAUUCUCAGAGUAGAGAAUAUUUUUUGAACUGAUUUUUUAUUCAACACAUAUUUAGUCAACACAACUUAUACAAUUUACAACUUAUACAACUACACUUGUUUCAACAUCAACCCACAUAGUACAUACACACAUGUACAGCACAUGCCCACACCCGAGAAAAAAAGAAGAAAAAAAAAACAAGGAACAAGUGCAAUAGGACUAAAAAUAAAAAUAAAUAAAUCACACAAAAAAAGAGGUGACUAAAGUUCUGGCAUUGCCUGUAUUAAUGGUGACCAUCUUUCAGCAAACCUGUCUGUUUUCAAUUGUAAUCUUGCUGUGGUUUUCUCCAUGAUGAAGACAUUUUUUACCCUGUCUCUUCAUUGUGUUAUGCUGGCGGGCUGCGGUUUCAACCAGGAAACUGUUAUCUUUUUUCUUUUUCUUUUUGCUAUUAAAAGAAGAAUUCUCAAUAAAGAAUUUAAGACAUUAUCUGUCAUAUUAUCAGGAAUUAUAUCCAAUAUAAAAAGUGCUGGAUCUAGAUUAAAGUUUAUACCCAAACUUG